CUCCUUCAUCUCCUCAUAUCUCAAGAAAAGUAAAUCACAAAUCUCUCUGAAGCUCUCGAUUUCGUAAUUCCAAGUUUCUCGUCUACAUCAUUCUCCUCUGCGUUGAAUCAAAAGAUCGUUUGCGAUGGCGGAAGUACAAAUGGCAGAUGCGGAGACUUUUGCAUUCCAAGCUGAGAUUAACCAGCUUCUUAGCUUGAUCAUCAACACUUUCUACAGCAACAAGGAGAUUUUUCUCCGUGAGCUCAUCAGUAACUCUUCUGAUGCUCUUGACAAGAUUCGAUUUGAGAGCUUAACAGACAAGAGCAAGCUUGAUGGGCAGCCUGAACUUUUCAUCAGAUUGGUACCAGACAAGGUUAACAAGACACUCUCGAUUAUUGACAGUGGGAUUGGGAUGACCAAAGCAGAUUUGGUGAACAACUUGGGGACUAUUGCGAGGUCUGGAACCAAGGAGUUUAUGGAAGCACUUCAAGCUGGAGCUGAUGUGAGCAUGAUUGGUCAAUUUGGUGUUGGUUUCUACUCUGCUUAUCUUGUUGCAGAGAAGGUUAUUGUCACCACAAAGCACAAUGACGAUGAACAGUACGUUUGGGAGUCUCAAGCUGGUGGUUCGUUCACUGUCACUAGAGAUGUUGAUGGGGAGCCUCUUGGUAGAGGAACAAAGAUCACCCUCUUCCUUAAGGAUGAUCAACUUGAAUACUUGGAGGAGAGGAGACUUAAAGACUUGGUGAAGAAGCACUCUGAGUUCAUCAGUUACCCCAUCUACCUUUGGACUGAGAAAACCACCGAGAAAGAGAUCAGUGAUGAUGAGGAUGAAGAUGAAGCAAAGAAAGAAACUGAAGGGGAGGUUGAAGAAGUUGAUGAGGAGAAGGAGAAAGAUGGUAAAAAGAAGAAGAAAAUCAAAGAGGUGUCGCAUGAGUGGGAACUCAUUAACAAGCAGAAACCAAUUUGGUUGAGGAAGCCAGAAGAGAUCACUAAGGAAGAGUAUGCUGCUUUCUACAAGAGCUUGACCAAUGACUGGGAAGAUCACUUAGCCGUGAAGCACUUCUCUGUGGAGGGUCAGCUUGAGUUCAAGGCAAUUCUCUUUGUCCCGAAGAGGGCUCCGUUUGAUCUGUUUGACACAAGAAAGAAGCUGAACAACAUCAAGUUGUAUGUGAGGAGGGUGUUCAUUAUGGACAACUGUGAAGAACUGAUCCCAGAGUAUCUCAGCUUUGUGAAAGGUGUUGUCGACUCUGAUGAUUUGCCACUCAACAUCUCCCGUGAGACCCUUCAACAGAACAAGAUCCUCAAGGUGAUUAGGAAAAAUCUAGUGAAGAAGUGCAUAGAGAUGUUCAACGAGAUUGCUGAGAACAAAGAAGACUACAACAAGUUCUACGAGGCUUUCUCCAAGAACCUCAAAUUGGGUAUUCAUGAGGACAGUCAGAACAGGGGAAAGAUUGCUGAUCUUCUACGAUACCACUCCACAAAGAGUGGUGACGAAAUGACGAGCUUGAAAGACUAUGUCACAAGGAUGAAGGAAGGUCAGAAGGACAUUUUCUACAUCACUGGUGAAAGUAAAAAGGCGGUAGAGAAUUCUCCCUUCUUGGAGAAGCUGAAGAAGAGAGGUUACGAGGUACUCUACAUGGUGGAUGCCAUUGAUGAGUAUGCGAUUGGACAAUUAAAGGAAUACGACGGUAAAAAGCUUGUCUCUGCAACAAAAGAAGGACUGAAGCUUGAAGAUGAGACAGAGGAAGAGAAGAAAAAGAAGGAAGAGAAGAAGAAGUCCUUUGAGAACCUCUGCAAGACUAUUAAGGAAAUACUUGGAGACAAAGUUGAGAAGGUUGUUGUCUCCGACAGGAUUGUGGACUCUCCCUGUUGUCUUGUAACUGGUGAAUACGGAUGGACUGCGAACAUGGAGAGGAUCAUGAAGGCGCAAGCGCUGAGAGACAGCAGCAUGAGUGGUUACAUGUCAAGCAAGAAAACGAUGGAGAUCAACCCAGAUAAUGGAAUCAUGGAAGAGCUGAGGAAGAGAGCCGAAGCAGACAAGAACGACAAAUCUGUCAAGGAUCUUGUGAUGUUGCUUUUUGAGACAGCUUUGCUGACAUCUGGGUUCAGUCUUGAAGAGCCGAACACGUUUGCUGCUAGGAUUCACAGGAUGUUGAAGUUGGGUCUGAGCAUUGAUGAGGAUGAGAACGUUGAGGAAGAUGGUGGUAUGCCUGAGUUGGAGGAGGACGCUGCUGAAGAGAGCAAGAUGGAGGAAGUCGACUAGGAGACGAAGAAGUAUCUCUUUUAUGGUUCCGAAAAUUUCUAAUGUGUCCUGUUACUCCUAAGUUCCCAGAAUAUUUUUAUCUUUUUGGUCUUCUAAAGUUGAACAUUUUAGAGUGUUGUAGAAUGUAGAGUCGUCUGAACCUUUUAGCUGCUGGUUUGGUUUGUGUCUGGGUUAAGCACUUCUCUUUUGUAUUCUGCAUCUGUUUUGAAAACUGAUUCCAGUUUUUGUUCCCUCUGUCAAGUGAAUAUUGCCUAAGGUUCAGCUAAGUAACUUUCCUUGUUUA